GAAUGCACCUCCCCGUCAGUUACCUGCUCCGCUCUGCGUCAACAGCCGCUCCAGUGUGUUUGUUUCCCGGCUCGGCUCGGCUCGGUUACCCGGAGGAGGACUCGACCAGCCCGGCUGCUGUCCGCACAGACGUCCGGUGAAGGACAGCUGUCACCCGUCCGUCUGUUUGCUGAGUCACUGGUUCACCUGCAGAUCGUCCUCCUGGUUUCACUGACUGUCUGAGAGCCUCCGUCGUUCACCAGCCUCUCCAUCCACCGCUGCACUAUGAGUGUAUGAUGUCUGAGAGCAGCUGCUAUGGCCUGCAGCAGCGGUCAGAGCAAUGCCGAAACUCUGGAGGGGUUCCAUGAGGUGAACUUGGCCUCGCCGACCACACCUGACCUUCAGAACCAAGCGGAUCAGCGCCCCCCCGCCCGUCACAGCACCCCGCCCGCCGCUCUGUACCGCACCCACUCGCUGGGAGCGCCACGUCCGGGCCGGCCCACCUCGCUGCAGGCCGACCAGCUCCCCACACAGCCGGUGUACUCCACGCCGCGGCACAGCCACAAUGGAAGCGUGCCGGGCCAGGAGGCGGAGUCAGCUGAGGGCAACUUCCUGUCCGGAGAGGACGGCGAGGAGUGCAGCGCUCUGAGCGACAGCCUGUCGCGGCUCCGCAGCCCGUCGGUGAUGGAGGUCCGAGAGAAAGGAUACGAGAGGCUGAAGGAGGAGCUGGCCAAGGCCCAGAGGGAGCUGCUGUUGAAGGAUGAGGAGUGUGAGAGGUUGUCUAAAGUCAGAGAUCAGCUCGGCCAGGAGCUGGAGGAGCUCACCGCCAGUCUCUUCCAGGAGGCUCACAAAAUGGUCAGAGAAGCGAACGUCAAACAGGCCAACGCUGAGAAACAGCUGAAAGAAGCUCUCGGCAAGAUUGACGUCCUCCAGGCGGAGGUCCAGGCGCUGAAGACACUCGUCCUCUCCUCCCCCACCUCCCCCCUGGGUGAACUCCCCCCUUCAGGAGGAGGCGUGAAGACUCCCUUCAGGAAGGGCCACAGCAGGAACAAGAGCACCUCGUCCGCCAUCAUGGGGACGCAGCCCGACCCGUCGGCCACGCAGCCCAUCGUACGGGAGUGUCGAGAGGUGGACAGUCAGCUGUUCAGUGACUUCAAGGCGUGGAAGGAGGAGCCGACGCUGGACCGGAGCUGCUGCUUCCUGGAGAGAGUUUACCGUGAGGACAUCUUCCCCUGCCUCACCUUCAGCAAGAGCGAGCUGGGGUCGGCCAUCUUGGAAGCCGUGGAGCAGAACACGCUCAGUGUGGAGCCGGUCGGUUUCCAGCCGCUGCCGGUGGUCAAGGCCUCAGCGGUGGAGUGUGGAGGACCAAAUGGGCGAAGGGCCGAGCUCGUCACAAAAUGUGCCCUGAGUGGUCAGACCAAAACCUGUAAGCACAGAAUCAAGUUUGGAGAUUCGUCCAACUAUUACUACGUGUCUCCCUACUGUAGAUAUAGAAUCACAGCAGUGUGUAACUUCUUCACCUACAUUCGCUACAUCCACCAAGGGCUGGUCAAACAGCAGGAUGCAGAGCAGAUGUUCUGGGAGGUGAUGCAGCUCCGCAGAGAAAUGUCCUUCGCUAAGCUCGGCUACUACAAAGACCAGCUGUGACUGACGGACAGACGCGCCCUCCAAUCACCGCAGACUCUGGCCUGAAGCUCCGCCCCCUCCUCUCCCCACCCUCCCGGUUCUGGUUUUUCCUCCCCCCUCCUCCUUCCUCCUCUAUGUGUGAGUGUGUUUUUGUGUGUGAUUGUUUUCAGUCACAGAAAAAGAAGCCUGGAAGCCGUCGGUGGUCUGUUGUCGUUACUGAGUUGGACAUUUUGUUGGUUUUCUGUUCAGAGUUUGAAUCUGAAAUAUGAGAUUUUUUUCUUUUUUGAAACACGAAACACUCCGAUAUCUGGAGACAAGCGGCACAAAAAGAGACUUUAUAAAUUGUGACAUGUUGGCAUUGAACCCGUCUGAGGAGCUUUGACCUUUUGCUUUCUGUUUCUUCCCGUCUUUACAAAGAAAGAAUCACGAGGCUGAAAUAAAUCCUUCAGUUUUCUCACACAUCAUUUUCUGGAAGGACGGAGCCACAGUGACAAGAAUAAAUCUGAAGUUUAGAGAAAAUAGUGGAAAUAUUUAGAGGGGAAAUAUCAGUGCUUUUGAGAAAAAGUCAUAAAAGAAGAAAGAAAAUUAAGUGUGAAUAAAGUUGUAAUUUAGAAAUUGUCGCAGUGUAGAAAUAGUUUUAAUGUUAUGAGUGCAAAUAAAUGAUUUAUAAUAAAACAACAAUAAGGUGAAAAAAUUUUGUAUUUUCACAAUAACUUUUUUUUCUGGUAAAAUUAAAUUAAACUUAAUAUUACGGUUUGAUUUUCUUCAAAAUUAUGACGUUUUUUUCUCUAAAAAUUGCAACUUUAUUUACAUAUAAUUAUCUCAUAAAUUCACAACUUUACCUUAAAAUAUUUACUUAAAAAUGUGUCUCUCAAAACCGACUUUUGUUUAAAUCGUUCAGAGAAUAAUUCAAAGUAAGUGAAGUUAUGUCAUGAUGUCAACGACUGAACUAUCUGCUCGUGAACACAAACGCUCCCAAGGUCGUCUGGCUAACUGCGCGGCUAACUGAGCUAACGUGAAUACACUCAGCAGCAGUUAGCAGCAACUCUGGUGAUCUGCUGCCUUCAUGUAUCGGCCGAUUUAUGCACAAUUUUGCAAUUAUCCCUUAAUUUCACUGCAGCAACAAACUUUACAAGUCUAACAUCCGAUCAGACGGCAUGAGUGCAGAUACAGAUUCGUCUGGCAGGUUGUGCUCUGAUGACUCGUCUCUAAAUCUCAGAUAUUUUCUGUCAACAGUGGCUCCAGUGAGUAAAACCUUCGCUGCAGCGCUGCUAGAAUCCUUCAGCAGGUGUUCUGUGUUCAGUCGAGCCGGUCGCGCUGAAUAUUUGUUCAGAAAUGAACAAGAAGUUUGCUUCAGAGAACAAAGACGCCGGCCAGUUAACAUGACGACCAAACAAUCAAUUAUUGUUUACAAAUGAAAAUGUGUAUAAGCUUAUAUUUAAUUUUUAGUUUUUGUUGUAGCAGGUGGAUGCAAAGAUAAUCAGAAGAUGACGAGGAGGACAAACUUCGCUUUAAAGCUCCGUUCAGACUGGAUUUAUUUCUCUGCAGGAGGCCAAACUCACUGGUUCUGAUCCAACUUUAGUCUGUUUGAGGAGUUUUUAUCUGCUCAGUGUGAAACUGAACUAGGUGUAAAUAUUUUUUUAAUCUUGUACGCACCAGUUUACAUUUGGGAGUCGGCGCUGUUAUGCAGAAUUAGCUGUUAGCAGCUCUCGUUUGCAGCGUUCCCAUCAACCUACUAAUAACUCUGACUGGACGACUUUGAUACUGACGAAAACUUUAAAAUGUGAAGAUUCUCAGGCAAGUUCUGAAUGCUCUUUUCUAUGAUUUCUGAGCAGAUUUCUGAGCGUUUAUACGUGAUGGACAUGAGAGAUAAUUAUACCAUUGGGAUGUAUGAAACACUCAAAAUGAUAUCAGCGAUAGAUUGAUGUCUGUGUCCGGUCGACUCGUGAGUUUUGACUCAGAUUUACCUUUUCACCGUAUCUCAGACCACAUCCCAUCGUUACCUGAUAAAAAAUAUUCCUCUCCAGUUCCCCUCUCCCCUUGUGAUAUUAAUCCCGUCUGAACGGAGCUUAAAACGUCUUUUCCAACACUAUAAAGUUUCUCUGUACGCCGAUUAUUUAUAUUUAUAAGUUCUUGAAGAGUUUAUGACGGUUAUGUUAUUUGUUUUUUGUUGCUGAAGCUUCUGGAGAGCUGCGCUAAAGGAAAAAUGAAACACUACAUUUUCCAUUUUCUGCUGUUAAAACACUACAAAUGAAAAACAAAUUUAGGGGAAUGUUCCUUUAACGGCUCCUGGAGUCUUCAGCCUGCUGUAUUUAAUCAAUCAGGAAUGUGUAGAUAGUCAGCUGUGUGAAUGUAGAGUGUGUUUGUAUGCCUGCCGUUGUGUAAACUUUAUAUAUGUUAAUUUAAACCUAUGCUUCUCUCUCUCUCUCUUUCUCCCAUUCAAAGUCAAUGUCACUCUCCCGGUUUGGUUUAGUGCCUUUUCUCUCAGACACUCUGAAAUAAAAACAGUAAUACCUCUGGA